UUAUACUAUAAUAUUAAAAUGUCUUCCUACAAAUGGCUGGACUUGGGUAUACAGCAUCUGUCAGAGUCUGUGUUUGAGGGACUGUGUCACAUACUGGGGUCCUCAGAGAUGGUAAUUAUGAGGAGGGAGAUUAUGGACUUCAGGGAAAUGAUGAUAAAUCAAGUAAUGAGAACAAGAGAAGCAGACAGGAUGAUGAUGAGUGGGAGUAUGAAAGAAGGACUCCGGCUAGAGAAAUCAGAUGUGGACACAAUGUUUUGGCCAAAUGACCACAUCGUUAUAUUGGACUUAAACAAGGCUCAGAAAUACGACUUAAGUAGAAAAACACUGAUUCUCUGUGAUUUUUCUGAAAGCCCACCAGGAUUUGGUUUACUUGAACUACUGACACCAACACACAGUGAAUGUGUAAAGAAUGCAUGUAUGAGAAUAAACGACAGACUCUACAUAUCCAGUUCCAAAUACAGACAAAUCACAUGUUCAGAAGUUAUACCUAAUUUUAAGGAGCAUGGUCCGUGUGGUAAUGGUGUAAUAGCGGGAGCAGAGUAUGACACUGCCCUAUGUUUUGUCUGUGAUUUUUGGCCUCUUCCUGCCUCAAAAUGGAUAGACAGAUGUCACUCGUGGCCCCAUUCUUAUAUUGUUGAUGAGAUACUCAGAAAUGGAUGCCACUUUGUUGCAAUAGGACACAAGCUCGGAAAACAUGCAGACAAAGAAUGGAGAAUUUCCUUCUCUUUAGCAGAACAAAAACUUAUAUAUUCAAUGAACCAUUGCCAAUUCUUGACCUAUGGGCUGCUUAAAUUGUUUUUAAAAGAUUUCAAGAAGGAAUUAACUAUCGAGGAAAAAUUAUUGUGUUCCUAUCACAUGAAGACAGCAGUUUUCUGGGUGAUACAACAAAACAUAAUACCUCAAUGGUGUCCUCAAAAUCUCCUUCAGUGUUUCUGGGUCUGCUUUAAACUUAUCCUUAAAUGGGUGUAUGAGGGGGUAUGCCCAAACUUUUUUAUUCCAGAAAACAACAUGUUUCUGAGUAAUAUCCAUGGUGAAGCACAAAAAAAAUUAUUUCUUAGGCUUUAUAAAUUGUAUGAGAAUGGUUUAGUAUCACUGCUUCAUUGUCAAUCGAUCAGGUCUUGUCUUAACAGUGUCCUUCAAAAUCCCAGACAACCCUUUAAUAAGGACAAAAAUAUGCUGAUAAACAGGGUUUUGUUUGAUUUAAAUCUAUUUCGUGAGUUGUAUCUCUCUGAUCUACCAGUAGAUAAUCUGCAAUCAUGCAUUAGGUUCUUAAAUGCUGUAGAAAAGUUGAUAAUUUUACCUCUGACCCAGAACCAGGUUCUCAUAUUACGGAGGUUUACAUCACAUGUACUCCAGAAUACUGUUUUUGCACAAUGCAAGUUAUAUACUACCUCAGCUGUGAACAAACAGGCGUAUAUGACUAAUAAAACAUACAGUCAUAUGCUGAAAUUAGCCGCCAAGUUUGGGUGUAUUUCUGAUAUGCUGUUUAUUGCAAUGUUUUACUACAAGACACUUAGAUAUAAAGAAGCCCUAUCAGUCAUAGAAAUGACAAAGGUCAAGUUAGCACAGCCAUAUGUAAUCAAUGUCACAAAUAUACCCAUAAAUGCAGUGAGGUACAUGUUUCAUGAGUCCUUAGGGGGACAGUCCUGGUCUUCAAAGAUAAGAUAUGCUGUAGCAUGGGACAUUUCUAUUUACGAUACAGUCUAUUACAUGAAUGAAUUAAUGCCAGAACAACAGUCUGGGUCACAAUCUGGAUACCCAGUAUUGUCUAUACCACAGCUAACAUGUUUUUGCAUAUAUGUAUUAUGUGCGAAUAGAAGAGAUUUACAGUAG